AUGGACUCGGACGACGAAAUCAACGCUCAGCUAGCUGAGAGAUUCAAACGCACCACUCUCAGCAGCCCGGCAACUAUUAACACGAGAGCCCUGAACGCACGCACGGUUGCGAUAGUUACCAAGGACAUUCGCAAAUACUUCGAUGACCUCCACAAGCAUGAUCCAGACACUUUAUCUUCGAAGCCGUGGCUAUCAAAGCCAGAGCUCCCAUCUUCGGAUGAGAUCUUUGGAACUGACGAAGAGUUCGUUGACCUUGAGCCAAACAAGAUCGAGGGCCCCUGGGAGUCUAAGGAUGCAUAUCUGAAGGCUCAUUAUGAUCUUAUUCGAGAAGAAGCUGUGGCCUCCUUGCGGGAUGCCGUGGCCAUCUUUAGAGCUGAUCCUGAUAUGUGUGAUGACAAGAGCGUGUCUGUCUACGAGAAAGUAUACGUUACAGGAUUGACCUUUGCCCGCCAGGGACUAGCAUUCAAGCUUCAAUUUUCGACAAACAGAGCGGGUAGAAACAUCGCUUGGGAAUACUCAAAGCGCUUGGUCAGUGGCUCGGUAGUUGCGUUAUCGCCUGCAGAUGAUGCUUUCCAGACGAAGUGUGUCAUUGCAGUCGUAGCUGCUAGGCCUUUGGAUGGUGUGAGGUUACUACCCCCGGAAGUCGAUGUACUCUUUGCCAAUCCCCUAGACGCGGACUUUGAUCCCCAACUGGAGUGGGUCAUGGUCGAGGCAAAACAAGGGUAUUAUGAGGCUUCGAGGCACCUCAUGACGGCUUUGCAAAAAAUGAGCUCUGAAAGCUUCCCUCUUUCUGACCAAAUCUGCUCGUUGAGCCCUCAUAUUUCGGCCCCAGCCUACGUUCAGAAUAACUCAAUUGUAAAUAUUCACUCGGCCAUCACCGACUCUAAUGAAGAGGGCAAGCUCGACAUUCUGCAGAACUGGCCUCACUCACCUUUGGGGGACCUUGAUGCAACCCAAUGGGACGCUUUGGAGCAGAUGCUCACCAAACAGCUCGCUAUUAUUCAAGGGCCGCCAGGCACGGGUAAAACCUAUGUCUCCGUCCUAGCUUUGCGGAUCAUGCUCUCCAAUAUGAAGGCGGACGAUCCGCCCAUCGUUGUCGCCUCUCAAACGAACCAUGCCCUAGACCAACUUCUGACCCAUGUCUCUCGCUUCGAGAGACAAUAUGUUCGCCUGGGAGGUAGGAGCGCUUGUCCAGAGAUUAGAAAACGUACCAUAUUCAACAUUAGACGCGAAGAACCCAUGCCCAACUUUCCUGGUGGUACGCUUGGGAAUGCCUUCAAAAGCCAUAAAAGAUUGUCGAAUACCAUCGCAGAGCUACUACAACCUUUUAACGAAGCUAACUCUGGCCAGCCCCUUCCCUCCACGCUAUUCAAGAAGUACGGCCUCUUGACGACAAAGCAGUACGACUCUCUUGAGAAAGGAGCUAAACGCUGGGUGAGUGCUGGGCAAGAGCAAGGUGAAGCUGACCCCCUGGUACCUUGGCUUGGGGACCAAGCAGCCCCUUUUGAAGUCACGUACACAAAGGAGGAUUUUGGUUUCGCUGGAGAUGAGGUGGAUUUGGAGUACGAGCAGUUAAAAGAACUAGAGGCAGAGCAGGGCCUCAAUGAUGACGAUGAGGACGAGUCUCUCAAAGGUUUGCUCACACUUCUCAAAGAAGGCUUUUAUGGAAAAGCCAAUUCACAUUCAAACCCUGGUCGCUAUGAAGAUAUGUGGGAAGUCCCCGUCAAAGCUCGCGGUGGGGUUUAUAACGAACUUCGCGGCCAGCUCAAGCAAAAAAUCCUGCGUGAAUUCCGCCAACUACUUGUUGCAUAUGAACAGGCGAUAGAAAAUCUUCGCAUUGGUGGCUGGGAGCGCGAUCACAUCGUUUUACAAAACGCCAAGGUGCUUGGGAUGACGACAACAGGUCUCAGCAAAUAUCGAGCGCUCGUGUCAAGCAUGAAGCCGCGGAUCGUCCUUAUCGAAGAAGCAGCACAGGCGAUAGAAGGCCCGAUAGCCGCCGCAUGCUUAGACUCGCUCCAGCAGCUGAUACUCGUGGGCGACCAUAAGCAGCUCCGUGGAAAUUGCUCGGUUCAAGACCUUGAAGGAGACCCGUUCUACCUUGAUAUCUCGAUGUUCGAACGUCUCGUGAAUAAUGGAAUGCCAUAUGUCACUCUCCAACGGCAGAGAAGAAUGGCACCGGAAAUCCGCCAACUGCUGUCGCCUAUAUACGGAUUAUUGGAGGACCAUGAGUGCGUUACCAAGCGAGAGGAAGUGCCAGGAAUGGGAAACAUCCGCUCAUUCCUAUUCUCUCAUGACUGGCUUGAGAGUUCUGACGAUAUGUCAAAAACCAACGAUAAGGAGGCAGCGAUGGUAGUCGAAUUCUUCGCCUAUCUCGUCCUUAACAACACUCCUGUUAAGGACAUCACUGUGCUUACAUUCUACAAUGGUCAGAGAAAGAAGAUUCUCAAGAUGAUGAAAAGUCAUCGCUAUCUCCAAGGACACUACAUCAAAGUAGUCACUGUAGACUCGUACCAGGGAGAAGAGAAUGAAGUUGUGAUUUUGUCUCUGGUCAGAAACGGCAGACAGGGGAUUGGGUUCUUGUCAAAUGCCAAUCGAGUCUGUGUUGCUCUCUCGAGAGCCCGCCGAGGCUUUUACAUAUUCGGUAAUGAGAACCUCCUCGCCGCGGACGAGCUCUGGGCUCAAGUUCUCUAUAUUCUGGGCAAUAAGAACCCAGAGCCUCGGGUUGGGCAUAUGUUGCCCUUGACAUAUCCGUCCGAUUGGAAGAACACGAACGGUGGCUGCGAGCUAGCAUGCGGCGAAAAGCUGAGCUGCGGCCAUCAGUGUGCUCUGCGUUGUCAUAGUUGUGACUGCGAGGAAGCCAAACGCCUUGAGACCCUUGCACAUGAGCCAGCACAGUUCAUUGCGGACAUGGAUCGCGGGGUUUCGCCCAAGAAAAACGAAGAUGGUUGUGAGAAGCACCUGGCAAUAAAGAAAUUUCAAGCGUAUGCAAACGGCGGAUCGAAAGAGCACGACGCGAUCCUGGAGCAGAUAGCAGAAUUGCAGCAGCGAAAAGAGGAGCUGGAGAAUCGCGGCUUUUGUUUCGAGGCACCUGCCGUGUCUGGUGCUAUUGGGCAUAAAGAACCUGACUCGGACGCGCAGAAGGGGCAGGAGAAGCAGGAGAACAGUACUUUUGGCCAAGCUCAACCGGACACAGAGGUAGAUCUCAUCGAAUUCUAG